AGGUCGUCAGUGUCGGUUUUUUACGUGAAAUCAGCUGUUUGGGCUUCGUGUUGUGGCGCGUAAAAGUGAUCCACGGGAGGACGAACACGGAGCGUCUCCUGUUGCGACACCCGUGAAGUGGGAGGAAUCUCACCGAGCCUCAUUCAUUGAGGAAGUUCACUGUCAGUUGGAGCAGCAGGACGCAAAAGAUGAGCAACAUGGAGGCAAACGGCAACAACAGCCUUCAGAUUUCCAAGAAGCGAAAAAUGAGUGGCGACACUUCGAUGCUUCACCUGGACGGCAUCCCUCCAGACACACUCAGUGAGGUGGAGAAGUACCUGGAGCCUUUCCGUCUGUCUCUGGAGAAGCUGAAGGAAGUUUCCGUCCGGCUGAGGAAGGAUCUGAUCCGAGGUCUGGGGAAACACUCGCAUCACAGAGCCGCCGUCAAGAUGCUGCCCACCUUCGUCAGGGCCACGCCGGACGGGACGGAGAAAGGCGACUAUCUGGCGUUGGAUCUUGGCGGGACGAACUUCCGAGUUCUUUACGUCCGUGUGGUGGAGGAGCAGCAGAAAGUGGUGAAGAUGGACAGUAAGAUCUGCAGCAUCCCACAGGAGAUGAUGCUAGGAACCGGAGAACAGCUGUUCGACCACAUCGCCCAAUGUCUGGGUGAAUUCCUGGAGUCUCAAGACCUGAAGGGACAAACUCUUCCUCUGGGCUUCACCUUCUCCUUCCCCUGUGAGCAGAAGGGAAUCGACAAGAGCAUCCUGAUCCGCUGGACCAAAGGCUUCAGCUGCUCCGGUGUGGAGGGACAAGACGUGGUGAAGCUUCUGAAAGAGGCCAUUCACAGGAGAGGGGACUACGAUAUCGGCUCGGUUGCCAUGGUGAACGACACGGUGGGCACGAUGAUGAGCUGCGGAUACAGGGACCAGAGCUGUGAGAUCGGCAUGAUCAUUGGGACGGGAACCAACGCCUGCUACAUGGAGGAGAUCAAGAACGUGAAGCGUGUGGAAGGCGAGGACGGCCGGAUGUGCAUCAACACGGAGUGGGGCGGCUUCGGAGACGACGGCUCCCUCAAAGACAUCCUGACGGAGUUUGACGAGGUGGUGGACCAGACGUCCAUCAACCCCGGUGUCCACACUUUUGAGAAGAUGAUCAGCGGUAUGUAUCUGGGGGAAAUUGUUCGGCUGCUGCUUGUGAAGAUGAUGGAGGACAAACUGCUGUUUAAAGGACAAACAUCGGAGGCACUGCUGACUCCGGGACAGUUUGAGACAAAGUACAUCUCUGAGAUCGAGGAGCCCAACAGCGGUCUAGAAAACGCCCAGAAGAUUCUGACGGCGUUGGGUCUGAACUGGGAUCCGGUGGAUGCCUGUGUGGUGCGUCUGGUCUGCGACACCAUCUCCUCACGGUCUGCCCGUCUCUGUGCAGCUGCCCUGGCAACCCUCGCAAACCGUAUCCGCGUCAACCGCGGGUUGGACCAUCUCAAGACCACCGUGGGGGUGGAUGGGACGGUCUACAGAAAGCACCCCAAUUUCAGCGAGGAGCUCCAGGCGGCGGUGUGCCUCCUCGCCCCCAAGUGUGACAUCACCUUCCUUGUCUCCGAGGACGGCAGUGGGAAGGGCGCUGCCAUGGUAACGGCGGUGGCACAGCGGAUAGCUCUCCAGUCCCGACUGUUGGAGGACAGCGACGGCGAGGAUGAGGAGGAUGAGGAUGUGGAUGAGGAGGAUAAAUAAGAGGCAGAACAAAAAGAUGAAUCUUUUAUCCAGCUGCAGCUUUAAUAUUAUAUAAACACAGAUGGGGGAAGCAUUUAGAUAUUUUCAUACUCAUUUUAAAAUUGUACUUGAACAAACGUGUAAUUAUCAGAAUAUAUACUACCAAAAAUAAAAGUACUCACUAUGCACAACAGCCACUUUUAUAAUCAGCAUUAUUGUGUCAGGUGGAGGUACAUUUUAGUACUUUAUAUGUUACUGUGCAGCUUGUGAAUUUCCACCAGGGGUCAAUAAAGUCUUGGAUAAAAUAUACUUUAAAAUAAUUUAUUUGUUAAUUAUAUUUUUGCAUCAAUAAUUAGAAUCUGUAAAGUUUACAAAAAACUAUAGGGGGUGAAUGUGUCAUAUUUACCACUGAACAGUAGCAAAGUAUAAAGUAACAGAAAGUAGAGUAAAAGUAUGAUAAAGUUUUCCUCCUGCAGAACACAAUGUGCACGCAAACUUAAGACUCUGCUGUGUUAAAGUGAGAACAGGUUGAGUAUUAGGAGUCUCUUUACUUGACUGGAGAUUCCUGAUUUAAUGACACGAAUGCGAACAAUAUCAGAAUGAAUGUGAACUUCAACAAAGUUAAAGCCUUCACUGUGUCAGCAAAUGUAAAUUUAAGGAAUUAUGCAGAAUUAACUAGUAGCUGAUCUUUUUGUUGACAACUGUCACUGAAUCACUGUGAAACUGAAAAAAUGUUAGAAACUUAAGGAAACUUCAAAAUGCUCCCAUAGAGGCUCGUAACUAGCCUAGUUAGGCUAUUGGCUAUCCUAAAAAGACUGGUGGCUAUUUUAGGAAGGCUAGUGACUUGCCUAGAAAUGCUAGUGGCUAAUUAGGAGAUGCUAGUCGCUAUCCCAGUCACAGUAGUAGCUAGUUUUGGGAUGAUAGUGACUAGCAUAGGAACACUAGUGGCUAGUUAAGGACUGUUUGUCCCUCCCCUUGUGGUGUUAGUGACUAGGUUAAGCUACCAUAGGCUGCUAGUGACUUACCAAGAAAUGCUGGUCAAAAUCUCAGGAAUUCUAGUAACUAGCCUUGGAAUGUCAAUGACUAGUCUUGGAAUGCUAGUCAUGUCCCAAAUGGCUAAUUUCAACUCUUUAAACUCGCCACUAGCCUAUGAAGGUUGGUCACAGUAGCCUAUAAAUGAUAUUUACUCGCCGAGAAUUGCUAGUGCUUAUCCGAGAAAUCCUUGCCCCUAGUCCAAGGAUUUAAAAAACUAGCCUCGACUAGUUUUGGAAUGCUAGUGACUAAAGGGGCUAUGGCUCCAGGGAAAUGACUAGCAUUCCAAGGCUAUUCACCACAUCUCUAAGUUAAAUAUGCUAGUUAUUAGCCCAGGGUUUUUAGUAGGUCAGCCAGUCUAGCGUGACUAGAGAUGCUAGGUGCUAGCUGAGGAGGCUUGUUGCUAGCCUAGGGCUAGUCACUAAUUUUUCUAGGCUCGCUGCAAGCUUAUGAAAGCUAAUGGCUUACCUUAAAGGGAUUCUAAAUGCCAUCGUAGUAAUGGUCGUAGCUAGCUUAGAAAUGUUAGUCGCUACUUCAGGUAUUCUAGUAACUAGCUUAGGAACGCUGGUGCCUAGUCCCGGAAUGCUAGUCACCUCCCAAGGGACUCAUCUCAACUCCUUAAGCGAGCCACUAGCUUAUGAGGUUAGUCUGUGGAUGCUAGUUGCUAGCCUAGAAUUGGUAAUGCUUAGCCCAGGAAUCCUCGCCCCUGGUCCAGGGAUUUAAAAAACUAUCUCUGGCUAUUUUUUUGAAUGCUUGUUUAGGGGGACUAUGAGUCCAAGGUAGUGACUAGCAUUCCAAGGUUAUUCACCACAUAUUUAAGUUGAGAAUGCUAGUCAUUACUCCAGGGAUUUUAUUAAGUCAGUCAGUCUAGCAUAGAGAUAUGCUAGGUUCUAGCAAGAAAUGCUUGUCACUAGCCUAGUGCUAGUCACUAACUUUUCUAGAAGGAUUCUAGUCACUAUCCUAGUAAUGGUAGUAGCUAGCUUAGGAAUGUUAGUUGCUACUUCAGGUAUUCCAGUAACUAGCCUAUGCUAGCAUUGUCAUUACUGCUAGUGGCUACCUUGUUGCAUGCUAAGUUUAAUUUUUUGGCCCAUAUUUGUUUACAUUAAGUAGCUGAAUUAGCAAUUAACAGCUAACAGUUGGAAUUCCAUGAUUCACAGUCACAGCCCUGACCUAGAUUAUGAGACAGUUGGUUUUCUUAUAAUUCAGAAUAAUGUGCAACAGAUACAGAGGAGCAGGACUAGAAACUGUUCAGAAUUCACAUAACAAUCAGCACAUUUUUAGCUUUUCUUAUAUUUCAAAGUGUUUCAGUGAUAGUUGUCAGUACAUACAGUUGUGCAAACAGCAGCUGUUAUUAGCAAAUUCUAUGUACUUAAUAUUCCAAAUUGUAAAUCAACAUAAACCAAGGUUCAUGUUAUCAUUAGAUUAGACUUAACCUGUUCUCAUAAUUACAGGUUUCUAAUUGUGUUUCUAUACGACACAGACUGAAUAAUAAUGACGACAGGUCACAUUACAGCUUAAUUCUGCUGCUCUGCUGCAAAGGGAAACGUGUUGUGCUGCUAAUAGGUUUCUGCAGCUUUAAUUGCAGUUAGUUGCUUGUUGCUAGGAGCUUUGAACAUUCAAGUUAUCCUAAAAUGCUUCCGCCAUGCAUAGACAAGAAAUGAGUCAGACAGAUGUGGAUGGGAGGAGGAGGAUGAGGAGGAGGAUGUGUUACAUAAUGUGUUUUAGUCUUUAAAAAUGCUGCUUUUCCAGGUGCCAAAAAUCCUCCCGCUGUUUGUUCCGAAUGAGAAAUAAAGGGAGCGUUUGGUUAGUUGUGACAAUGAUGCACUGAAAUUAGCAUUUUUAGUUAAGUUAUAUAACAGGAGCAAUGAAACCUGCAGAUAAAUAAGCAAAUAAAUAAAUGAAGCUUCCAA